GAAAGGGGCGAAUAUGGGGCAAAUCCCGGUUUACGGGUGCACCGGUUAAUUUCGGGUUGGGCCUCCGUUUCAUUUCUUUGAGUAAGACCCGUUAAGCCUUUUUUUUUGUCAUGACCCGUUAAGCCUUUCUUUGUGAAACACCUGAUCUCAGCCACCGUCAUGAGGGGCGGCUUUGUCCGUGGAGGACACUCACGGUCCCAUGAACCUAGAAAAUUCACUCGGAAAGAAAAUGAUCAAGUGCAACCGAACGUUAAGAAAGUCAGAACAGAGAGUGACGGAUGUGAGUUCAUAGGGGAAGAGCUGUUGGUUCCCAGGGAGGAAGAUUGGAUGGUGGGAGAGCAGGAGGGAGCACCAGCAACCAACCGUCCUCAGCGCUUGUUUGUUGAUGCAGUCAAAGGAGGUAGAAGGCCAUCGGCAGCAAUGGAAGCAGAGGACCAAACCCAAGAAUCUGAUGAUGUGGAAAUGAAUUCAGAAAAGGAGCACUCUGAAAGAAGCAAGACACAAGGCCAGAGUUCUAAGAACGUUGAGAAAGACACUCCUGAGAUAAGAGUAGAGAAAACUGAUGGAAUCUGCAAUGUAGUGAUCAAUGAAGCGGCCUUGAAACAGUUAAGACACCCAUGGUGGGAUACACUGAUAGUGAAGUUGUUGGGUCGAAAAAUCUCUUUGGCAGUGUUAACCAGGCGACUGGAGGCCAUGUGGGGAAAACAAGGCAGUAUAGAAGUUAUUGAUCUUGGAAAUGACUUUUUCAUUGUGAAGUUUUACUCCCAAGAAGAUCUCGAUUUUGCGCUAACAGGAGGCCCAUGGAGAAUCUUUGAUCACUAUCUCACGAUUAGUUUUUGGAAGCCAAAUUUCAAUCCAAUGGAAGCAUCUAUUGAAUACACAGCAGCAUGGGUGAGACUUCCAGGAUUAGCGAUUGAAUAUUACGAGACGAGUAUGCUAGAGAGAAUUGGUAACAUUAUAGGAAGAACUAUAAAAGUAGAUUCUAACACUGCUGAUAUAUGCAGAGGAAAAUUUGCCAGGCUGUGUGUGGAAUUAGAUCUCACAGCCCCCCUGGUUUCACAUUAUGCCAUUAAUGGGGUGAAGUAUGUAGUGGAAUAUGAAGGCAUACAUAAUAUUUGCUUUUCUUGUGGAAUGGUAGGGCAUGAGAAGACCAACUGUCCCAAGAAAGUCCAAACCCAGAAAGCCCCAGAAAGCAAUAAUGGUGGAACUGAGAAAAAUCAGGGUAGCCGAAGUGACAAGGGGGAAGGGGGUAAAAUUGGAAAUAAUUGUGUGAAUGAGGGCAAAAAAGUCUCAGAAAGAAAUGAGGAUGAAUCCUACGGCCCGUGGAUGGUCGUUCAGAGGACAACGCGUGGAAAGAAAACUGACAGGAAUGCAGAGGCAGCAAGUAGUGGAGGAAAUGGAGCGAGAGACAAUCAGAACGUACAGGUUAGUGGGAGUACGAGGUUUGAUGCUUUGCAAAUGAUAGAAAAGGAGAAUUCAAAUGAUGAGAGAAUAGCUGCCAAUCAUCACAGUAAGAGGAACCCCAUGCCUAAUAAGACAAUUAUCCAGUCCCCAUUAGAGACAGCUAACCCGAAAAACAAACAGCCCAACCCAAGGCCCAAUUUGGAUAAUCACACUAAAGCCCCAACUCUAGCUUUCCAACAAGAGAUCACAUCUGGCCCAUCUUCUAGUAAGCCACAAAAGACCGAUAAGGAUAAGAAUAAAGGAAUAUCAACUGAGUCCUCUAAUGUUUCCCCAACUGUUAACCCAAGCUGUGAACCCAACUCUAUGAAUCCCACUACUACCAACACAAACAGACUACCCCUUGUUCCCAAUAACCAGAGCAACAACGUCAUCUCACAACCCCCAUCCCCUUCUGAUUCCUCUCGCACCAUGAACAACAUGGCCCCCAACAUAUGCUCCCAAGAAACAGUGAUACCUGAAACUUUACCAAUGGAUGAGGAUGUGGAGGCCGUGGAGAAUCCUGAGCCAGAGCCACCAGAUUUUAGCUCCUUAGAACCAGAGCUUAUGAUGGAGGCAGCCAGAAAGUAUGAAGAAUGUUGCCAAAAAGGAUGUACUGGAGAAGACGACAUAAUGCAAUUGGAAGGAGAGCAUAUCUGUGGAGCAAAUAUGGAAGCAGGACUCCCCGGAGAGGGGGGGAUGUUGGAGCCCAUGGUUUAAUCUGGGGUAAGAUCCUCUUGUCGUAGACUAAAAUGAUUUUUAUGUCGUGGAAUUGUAGAGGAGCGGCUAGCAAGGCCUUUAGUCGCAC